AUGCAUCUCUGCACUUUGUGUAAAAAUGAACGGACGUCCUAUAAGCCUUAUACUUCAAAAUAUAGAAAUAUAGGAACAAUCGAAAAGCACUCACCUGGUGUUCAAACCAUGCUCUUCUCGGCGACUUACGGUGAAGAUGUUGUAAAGUUCGCAAUGCAGCUCAUAAAGAAUGCUGUUACGGUCACGUAA